AUGUGCCGUCUCCAACGAUGUGCCGACUCCAACGAAGUGCCGACCCCAACGAAGUGCCAACCCCAACAAAGUGCCGUCUCCAACGAAGUGCCGACUCCAACAAAGUGCCGUCUCCAACGUAGUGCCGUCUCCAACGAUGUGCCGUCUCCAACAAAGUGCCGUCUCCAACGAAGUGCCGACCCCAACGAAGUGCCGACCCCAACGAUGUGCCGUCUCCAACGAAGUGCCGACCCCAACGAAGUGCCGACCCCAACGAAGUGCCGACCCCAACGAAGUGCCGACCCCAACGAUGUGCCGUCUCCAACGAAGUGCCGACCCCAACGAAGUGCCGACCCCAACGAAGUGCCGUCUCCAACGAAGUGCCGUCUCCAACGAAGUGCCGACCCCAACGAAGUGCCGACCCCAACGAUGUGCCGUCUCCAACAAAGUGCCGUCUCCAACAAAGUGCCGUCUCCAACAAAGUGCCGUCUCCAACAAAGUGCCGUCUCCAACGAAGUGCCGACCCCAACGAAGUGCCAUCUCCAACAAAGUGCUAACCCCAAAAAAGAGUUCUUCGAUCACGCAAAGAAGCUAUGGGACGAUGAAGGAGUGAAGGCCUGUUUCGAGAGGUCGAACGAGUACCAGCUCAUCGAUUGUGCACAAUAG